AUGGGGGUGCCCGCACCCAAGGCCAAGGGGCCCUGGGUCCAGCUCCAGAAAAUUCUGACCUCCUGGCUCAUCAGAGAAGGCGACUGGGACCAGCGCGUGGAAGAGGCCCACAUGAGGCAACAGAAGAAGAUUCGGGAGUCUCCGCUGCUUCGGGCGGCCAAGGAAAAUGACCUGUGUGCCCUGAAGGAGCUUUUGCUCGAGGGAGCCUGCCACAUCCAACAGAGAGGAGCCCUGGGGGAGACUGCGCUGCAUGUGGCCGCCCUCUAUGACAACCUGGAGUCCGCCCUGCUGCUCAUGGAGGUGGCCCCGGAGCUGGUCCGGGAGCCCAUGGUGUCAGAGCUGUACGAGGGCCAGACCGCUCUGCACAUCGCCGUCGUGAACCAGAACGUGAACUUGGCUCGAGCCCUGCUUGCCCACGGGGCCAGCGUCUCUGCGAGAGCCACAGGGAUGGCCUUCCGCCGUAGUCCCCACAACCUCAUCUACUUUGGGGAGCACCCGCUGUCGUUUGCUGCCUGCGUGGGCAGCGAGGAGCUCGUGCGGCUGCUCAUUGAGCACGGAGCAGACAUCCGAGCCCAGGACGCCCUGGGAAACACCGUGCUGCACAUCCUCACCCUCCAGCCCAACAAGACCUUCGCCUGCCAGAUGUACAACCUGCUGCUGUCCUACGACGGCCGUGGGGGGGACACCCUGCAGUCGCUGGACCUCGUGCCCAACCACCAGGGCCUCACCCCCUUCAAGCUGGCGGGGGUAGAGGGCAACACCGUGAUGUUCCAGCACCUGAUGCAGCGGCGCAAGCACAUCCAGUGGACCUACGGGCCGCUGACCUCCACCCUCUAUGACCUUACCGAGAUCGACUCCUGGGGAGAAGAGCUGUCUUUUCUGGAGCUUGUGGUCUCCUCCAAGAAGCGCCAGGCACGCCAGAUCCUAGAUCAGACUCCCGUGAAGGAGCUGGUGAGCCUCAAGUGGAAGCGUUUUGGGAGGCCAUACUUCUACGUGCUGGGCUUCAUCUACCUGCUCUACAUCAUCUGCUUCACCAUGUGCUGCAUCUACCGCCCCCUCAAGUCCCGUGGAGGCAACCGCACACAUUCUCGGGAUAUUACCAUCUUCCAGCAGAAACCACUACAGGAGGCCUAUAUGACCUACAAGGAUAACAUCCGACUGGUGGGGGAGCUGGUGACCAUCUUCGGGGCUGUGAUCAUCCUGCUCGUAGAGAUCCCGGACAUCUUCAGGGUCGGGGCCACUCGCUAUUUUGGGCAGACCAUCCUUGGCGGGCCAUUUCAUGUCAUCAUCAUCACCUACGCCUGCUUGGUGCUGGUCGUCAUGGUCAUGCGGCUCACCAAUGUCGACGGGGAGGUGGUGCCCAUGUCCUUCGCCCUGGUGCUGGGCUGGUGCAGCGUCAUGUACUUCGCCCGAGGAUUCCAGAUGCUGGGCCCCUUCACCAUCAUGAUCCAGAAGAUGAUCUUUGGAGACCUGAUGCGGUUCUGCUGGCUCAUGGCCGUGGUCAUCCUGGGCUUUGCUUCGGCGUUCUAUAUCAUUUUCCAGACAGAGGACCCAACCAACCUGGGGCAUUUCUACGACUACCCCAUGGCUCUGAUCAGCACCUUUGAACUCUUCCUCACCGUCAUUGAUGGGCCCGCCAACUAUGAUGUGGACCUGCCGUUCAUGUUCAGUGUGGUCUACUGUGCCUUCGCCAUCAUCGCCACAUUGCUUAUGCUCAACCUGUUCAUUGCCAUGAUGGGUGACACUCACUGGCGGGUGGCCCAUGAGCGGGACGAGCUCUGGAGGGCCCAGGUUGUAGCUACCACGGUGAUGUUGGAGCGGAAACUGCCUCGCUGCCUGUGGCCUCGCUCCGGCAUCUGCGGGCGCGAGUAUGGGCUGGGCGACCGCUGGUACCUGCGGGUAGAGAACCACCAUGACCAGAACCCUCUGCGAGUGCUUCGCUACGUGGAAGCCUUCAAGUGCCCCGACAAGGAGGAUGAACAAGAGCAGGUUUCUGGGGAACCACUGUCUGUGACCGAGAGGGGGGCUCUGGCCAGAGCAUCGCUGGCCCUGCCCACACCCUCCCUGUCCCGGACCACGUCUCGCAGCAGCAGUCAUCGCGGCUGGGAGAUUCUUCGUCGAAACAUGAUGGGACACGUGAACCUGGGGCUGGAACUUGGUGAGAGGGACGGAGAGGAGAAAGUCUACCAUAUAUGA